AAUGCGCAUAUUGAAUGCAGCCCGAGGCCCGAGGCUUGCUCGGCGGUGCCUACGUGACUUCUCGGCAGUCUCGUGCGGCCGUGCGAAGUGCGAUGCGCCGACGUGCUGCCCCUCACAUUCUGCGAGGGCCUCCCGUGGAGAGCAGCACUGUGCGCACUGGUACGAAAAUGGCGCAGAAACGAGGGUACGAUCCAUCCCAAUUGCGAAAAUAUGAUAUUCCAUUGGAAGAAAUUCCACGUCUUCAUGCUUCUGAUCCACGAGUGGAUGAGCUGAUAUCAGAAAACAAACCAGUUGUGAUAACAGGCACUGACCUUGUGUCCUCUGCGAUGCUAUGGGAUCUAGAAUAUUUGGAAAGAAAUAUGGGAAAUGGGGAUUAUACAGUAUUUCUGUCACGGAAUCACAAGUUUAAAUAUUUUGAUGACAAAAAGAUCUCUCAAGUUGCUGGUGAAUCUAAAGCAGAAUUUACACCUCCAACAAGAAGGGUUGACAUGAAAUUACCAGAAUUUUCACAACGCCUAAAGCAGUGGAAAAGAGGCGAGGAGAGAAUGUACCUGCAACAAGCUUUAAAUAACACUGUUGGACCAUCAAUUGUUCAAGACUUCCUUAACUUUAGAUGGGGGUGGACUAAUGCAAAACAAAAGGCCAACAACUGGGGACCACUAACUUCAAACUUAUUGUUGAUUUCAAUGGAAGGGAAUGUCACACCUUGCCACUAUGAUGAACAACAAAACUUCUUUGCUGAAGUUAGAGGAUACAAACGUUGCAUUCUUUUCCCUCCUGAACAAUUUGAAUGUUUUUAUCCAUAUCCAGUUUAUCAUCCUCAUGAUCGACAAACUCAGGUUGACUUUGACCGCCCAGACUAUAAUCGCUUUCCUAAAUUUCGGGAAGCAAGAGGACAAGAGGCAGUUGUGGGCCCGGGGGACGUUCUUUACAUACCAAUUUAUUGGUGGCACCAUAUCGAGUCAAUCAUGAGAGGCGGUUACACGAUAUCUAUUAAUUUUUGGUACAAGGCUGGCCCUACUGGACAGAUUGUAUACCCAUUGCAAGGCCAUCAGAAAGUUGCAAUCAUGAGAAAUGUAGAGAAGAUGUUGGUCGAAGCAUUGCAAGAUCCUCAGGAAUUAGGGCCAUUGCUUCGAGCGCUUGUGCUGGGUCGAUACACUUGAAAUGUGUAUGGAACUGAGUGAUGUACUUUAGAGUAUUUGUCAGAACUCCUGUAAGAUACUGACAUAUUACCAGGUUCUCCAAAACUAAGGAUUCUGCUUUUGAAGGAAACACUUUAUUUUGUGUAAAUUCAGUAUUUGCAAGAUCAUUUAUGAUCUGUGAUCAGCUUUGUUAGCACUUCUGAGUGCAGCACAUUGGAAUGUUUAAUGACUGCUGCUCUUCAACAGUUUUGUAAUUAUAGUAUUUUGGCAUAUUAAUUUAUUAUUCAUUUCUUAAUUAGCUUUUGAACUCUGGUACAUAUAUUACUCAUCAAAGAAUGAUUUGUUUUGUCAUAAAUUUUAUCAUCUUUUUAAUUCUUUUUAACUGUGAGGGGUUUUCUAGUCUCAUGAAAACAUGGUUUUCCCUCCAUUGAUAUAAUCUGUGGAAAGAGGGAGAAACUGAUGUUGAUGAAGAACAAGCAGUCAUUAUUCAUUCUUCUUUUUAUUUUUUAUUUUUUUAACUUUUAUUUCAUCCCAAAGUAAAGUAUAAUGAAAGUUCCUUUGUUUCAUUGUUUCACUAUGUUCCUUUCAUUGUAACUUUCAUCAAUGAAUGUUGUAUUGAUGUUGAAGAGAAAAAUUGCUAGAGUGCACUGUAAUAUGUAUUUCUACUCCUGCUACAUCUUGCAGUGGUGCAGAAAAAACAAUUGCUCGAGUGUUCUAGUACAGCUAGUAUUGUGUGUACUGAUGUGUAAUUUUCAGAAAAACUAAGUUGUUUGUAAUAUAAAUAAAGACUAUAAGUAGAUUACCAUUUGUAAAUUCCUUAACAGUAAAGAUAUUUUUAAAUAAUCUUUUUUUGGCGAGAAAAUCUAUUUGUAUAAUCAUUUUGUGCUGUAAUGUAGAUUUUUGAAACUUUUUAUAGAAAAUAAAAUUUUAUCCUUCUAUUUAUCAAUUUUUCUCAACAUGAAAAAAAUGGAAGCAUUGAGUGUGCUUUCAUGCAAUGUCAUGAAUUUGAUCACAUUACCUGUGUUGUACUUUACUGUGUACUUGCAAUUGUAACAAUAAAAAUAAUUUUAAUAAUUAUAUUUAUUGUUAAAUUAUUUAAUCUAAACUUUUAACUUUUAAUGACUGCAAGAUGUGGCGUAUUGAUAGAAAACAUGGUCAUAUGAAACAGAUUAUUGAACAAUUAAAUGAAAUGUUUGUCUUGAGUGAGUGGAAAAAAUAUGUAAUGUAUCUGAAACACUGCAUGAGAAGAUACGACUCACAAUUUUUUAUGUAAUUUGUGAAUGUACAUGAAUGAACUUACUAAUAGUAGUAAUAGUAAUGAUGAUGAUGAUGAUAAUAAUAAUUUAGAUAUUGUGUACUUGUAAAACUUGCUCACAAUUUUAUAAAGUUGUAUUAGUAUUACUCUUGUCUUUUGGGCAUUGAUUUCUUUUCUUUACUUUUUGCAACAUCCUUGCAAAGAGAUGUAAAAUGGCAUUGUUUUUAAAACUAUAAGGAGCUUUUGUGCAUAUUACAACAUAAAAGAAAAUUAUGUACAAUUUGAAAAGCUAUUAUCAUCUAGAUGUGUGGUGAUGGGCAGUGUUAUUUAUUAUAGUUUAAAGCCGGAUUAAGUUUUAUUAUAUAUUGAAUAUGAAACUUGUUUUUUGGAAACAUUAGCAUGAAGCAUAUCAAAGUGUAUCAAUUCCUGUGGUGUUCUGCAAUGUAUUACUGAAAAAGUAUGUUGCUAAUUUGAAAAUGAUUGUUUUUCAAACAACUAUGUAUCAUAUUUGUAUGCUGAAUUAGGCCAAGAAAUUAAGACUUUCCAUAGGAUUGUUUUAUUUUUUCUAAAUUUAUUUUUUGUCAAUGCUUAUUAAUAGAGUAACAGAUUUUAUCUGUUUGCCAGUUCUUGCUUAAGGAACUCUUGGAUUGAAUGUUUGUGGAAUUUUAUUCUUAUAUUCUUCCUUUUCAGUUGGCAAACUACUUGACCUCAACUAUAGCUUCCCCAUAAGUUCAUCCAUACUAUGAAAGUUUUUAAUUUAGUAAUACAAAAAUUAAAUUGAUUAUUUACAUGUGCUAGUAAUAAAAAUUUGUCAAAUGGUGAAUUGUCUCUUUAUAAGAGAAAUAUGAAAGAUGUUUUCAAGUGUCUUUGGAUGUUGUCCAAUGUGAUGUUUUGAGGUCUGGGCAACCAAGUUGCUAUUUGUAAAGCUGUAAUGAGAAAUCUGUUGCUACACAUUAAUCAUGUUUGGUUAUAAUGUAUUGAAAACUAACUAAAAAAAAAUUGAGUAUAUUUUUCUGUGAAUUAUUAUGGAGGUUUUAAGAAGAGAAAUCAUAAAAACGAUCCUGUUGUUAUUGAAGGGCAAGGCACUCUUGAUGCACUGAUGAUUUGAAAUGUUAUUUUAAAGGAAAGGUUUGAGUUAUUUAUAAUAUAAUUGGUAUAUUAAAAAAAUUAUGUAAUUUUCUUGAUCUUCAAAAACUUUUUCUCAAUGAUUUUGUUAAGCACACUUGGUGUGCUUGAACUGGAGGAAUGAAAGAAUUAAGUUUUUUUUAGGAACUAAUCAAUAUAACUAAAUGGUAUUCAGCUAAGGAAUAUAUAAUAUUCAUGUGUGAAAGAAUGAUGAAAUACUGAAACUACUCUUAACUCUGUACUUAGUAUAUUUAAGGCUGAUUUUGCAAGUAUCAUGCUUUUUUUUUCAUGCUCAUAUUUACAAAGUGUGUAAUACAUUUGAGUACAAAUUGAGACCCAGUGUAGAGUUCCAAUGAACAAAUUGCUUCUUACCAAUCAGCCUGUUACUAGCAAUGUGAAUACUAUUUGUUAUUUACUUCAUGUUAUUAAUUUCAUUAUUAUUUCAUUUUCUUGUGAGUGUUAUUUGUGCAGUGUUACACAUCAUAGUAUUUUCAGUAUUGUCACUGUAAAAACUAUUCAUGUUAAAUUGAUUCAGAUUGUGGGUUUUUUAAAUUAUAUAUAUGUAUGUACAUACGAGUGUGUAUGUGUGAGUGCAGAGAAUACUACAUAAUCAGACAUUUGUAACCAUUGUAUUUUUUACAUGACAUUAUUCCCUUCUUUAUAUUAUGUUGUUAUUCAAAUAUACAUUACAAUUUAUUAAAGCCUAUUUUGAACUGUUGGAAUACUGUAUUGCAAAAACAUGUUGACAAGGAAGUCUUCUGUGAACAUAUUCGUAAUUUGUUAAAUGCAAAAUCUUGGGAAUAAUGUUAAUUGUGCACCAAAGAACAACAAACUCUCAUAAACUUUUGGUAUUAUUUUAUAGUACCUUCUAUCGGGAAAACAAGACCGGUGUACAUUCCUAAUGGUUUCAUUUACGGACUGCGUUGAUUCUGUGAAUAUGUAAAAUGAUUUGUUCAAUACUCUUGUAGUCGUGCGAAUUGUUGGAAGAUUGUCUUUAUAGCAGCGAUAAAAUAAUAUAAUCAAAUUUGUAUAUCUACA